AUGCGUGUGUGUUCGAGGCGCACAUCAUCCACACAUCAGAUACCGCAGAUCCAUCAGCCGGCAGGCAGCCAGCCGAGAAAGCCCCCGGAGCUGGGCUGCAGGCGAGACCGCUGCUCCUCGCAAGGCAGCGGAGGAGCGUCCAGCCCCUCCGAGCACCGAUGCUCUGCAGAGCGCAGCUCCAGGGAGCCCGUCGCUGCUAAGGAGGUGACCAGCAGUAGGCCCAUACGACUGGGCAUCCUUUCUCCUGCUGCACACCCACCCGAUCCCAAAACGGAGGAGCCCACCGACCCCACCAUGUCAUCGGACCCCAGCGCCCCGCCAGCAGUGCCACCCCUGCACUCCCCCAAGUCGCCGGUGUGGCCCACCUUCCCCUUCCAGCGGGAGGGCAGCCGCAUCUGGGAGCGAGGCAACCUCUUGCUACGGGAUCUGCCCAGCCCCCUCCCCACCAAGAGGACCAGGACCUACUCGGCGACAGCGCGUGCCUCCGCUGGCCCCAUCUUCAAGGGUGUCUGCAAGCAGUUCUCUCGCUCCCAGGGCCACGGGUUUAUCACCCCAGAGAAUGGCACUGAGGACAUUUUCGUGCAUGUGUCUGACAUUGAGGGAGAGUACGUCCCAGUGGAGGGGGAUGAGGUGACGUACAAGGUCUGCCCCAUCCCUCCCAAGAACCAGAAGUUCCAGGCAGUGGAGGUGGUCCUCACCAACCUGGCACCCCACACGAAGCACGAGACAUGGUCUGGCCAGAUCAUCGGCUCCUAG